AGUCAGUCAGUCGAAGAGACGAGGAGAAUCGCGCGUUAAAUUCUUAUUAUGUAUUAAAUAAUAACAAUUGUGAUUUGUGAAAUAAAUCAAACUAAAUGCGCGAGGUCCGUAAAAUUUAAAACAACUGCUAGUGAAGGCGUGUGCGUGCGCUGCAACAUUUGUUUUUAUAUGUAUUUUGCGUCGUGAGCCAAUUGGAAUACGCUAGAAUCUGCUGUGUUAACAAAAGAAAAAAUAAAGAAACAAAAAAGUCUGCCAUGAGCCGCCUUAUAGAGAAGCCCAACAUUGCCAUGUCCAUUACAACAUCAACAUCAACUUCAGGUAGUCAAUUAUCCAGCUCAACUGCCGCUGGCUCAGCCAACAAUGUGGCAACCACAGAAGACACAGCUCCAGAGGACGAGGAUGGCCACAGCAGGAUGAAGACCACAGCAAAUGCCACCGCAGCCACCGAUGGCAGUCACAAUCAAAGCGCAAAGCCCGCAAAAAUGCACAACAAAUUCGACGAGGUGAUCAUCAGUCUGAUAUCUGGCGCAGCGGCUGGCGCGUUGGCCAAGACGACAAUUGCACCGCUGGAUCGAACGAAAAUCAAUUUUCAAAUACGCAAAGAUGUGCCAUUUUCAUUUCGGGCAUCGCUGCUCUAUCUGCGUCAGACCUACGUCAAUGAAGGUGUUCUCGCUCUGUGGCGUGGCAACUCAGCGACCAUGGCACGCAUUGUUCCCUAUGCGGCCAUUCAGUUUACCUCGCACGAGCAAUGGCGACGCAUCCUCCAAGUGGAUCAAAAUGGCACCAACACAAAGGGACGGCGAUUUGUGGCGGGUUCGUUGGCGGGCAUUACGUCACAGUCGCUGACGUAUCCGUUGGAUUUGGCGCGUGCUCGGAUGGCUGUGACGGAUAGAUACACGGGUUAUCGCACGCUGCGACAGGUGUUUGCCAAAAUCUGGGUGGAGGAGGGACCUCGAACGCUCUUUCGUGGCUAUUGGGCCACAGUAUUGGGUGUCAUUCCCUAUGCGGGCACCUCGUUCUUCACCUACGAAACGCUCAAGCGCGAAUAUCACGAAAUUGUUGGCAAUAACAAACCAAACGCUUUAGUCUCGCUGGGAUUCGGUGCUGCGGCUGGCGCAGCAGGACAAACAGCGAGUUAUCCUUUGGAUAUUGUGCGUCGACGUAUGCAGACCAUGCGAAUUAAUCCUGCGGCAACAGAUCGCUGUCCUACAAUUCUUGAAACACUCGUCAAAAUAUAUCGUGAGGAGGGCGUCAAGAAUGGUUUCUACAAGGGUCUGAGCAUGAACUGGAUUAAGGGUCCCAUUGCUGUGGGCAUUAGCUUCUCCACAUACGAUCUGAUCAAGGCUUGGCUAAGAGAGUUGUCCCAUUUGAAGCGUGGUCGGGUCGACAACUAGCAACUGGCCCCCAGCAUUCAUACAUACUCAUAUACAGGCCCACACACCACACACACUUACCCCCAAACCCACACCAAAAAAAGAGAAAAGAAAACGCACUGCUUUCUUAAGUUGAAUGUUUUUUUGGAGAGCGCAAAAAGAAUUGUAAGGAUAUAUAUAGUGCAUGCUGUCGCAGGCAUUGUUACAUUGAUAUUUUUAGUUGUUAAUAUUGUGGAAAAGUAGAGCUUACGUUUGUUAUUCGAUGUAAAUGAUUUGAUUGUUUCCUCUCUAAGCGAAAAGUAUAACACAACAAUAAAAUUGUCUACAUAAAAUCGCAAAAUUGUAAACAGCUAUCUGCUUAAUUCGGUGCUUAAUUUGUACUCAAUGACACCACUACUUUGACAAUAACUACUACUAUAUUUUAUAUGUAUAAAACUCUAUAGUUACUAAAAUUAUUGUGUAAUUUUUCAUAGCUUUUUGUCAGAAUUAAUAUCCAACGUAUGUUGAAUUUUUGGGCUCGCUGUGACAAAAGCACCUGUGAGAGGAUACUGUAUAAAAACAUGAAUGCCAUGAAUUUACUUAUGUUCAGCAGCGUAAUUAUUAUAAAUAUAUGAAUGUGUU